UCGUUUAGGGCGGGAAAAAAUUUCCACCUUCUCCUCCCCCCAAUUACAAACACUCCUCUGUUCAGUUCAGUCUACCCUACAGACAUAAAUCAGCAGAUUGGAUGGGUUGGUCGUACCCAGACAUUUCCCUGGAGGAUCUGAUGAGAGUGAUAAAAGGGUUCGUGGACAUGUUGGUUCUUGCAUCCGGGUAUCAAUCCUCCGGUCGUCUCUCCCACUGGGAUUCGCAUAACAUCGAGAAAGCUUUCCAGUGGGCUACCUUUCUUGAGAUUGUGUUGAGUUGCUUGAGAAGCUCUGAUGAUAACCAAGACUCCGUCGCAGAGCUCGAUGCAGCUUUGUCCCAACUGACAUCUUAUCCUUGUUUCCCGGAGGGUCUCAGGCAAUUAUCAUGCACAACUCUCAGUCAUGCUAGAGAUUUAAUGGUGAAACAUCUUGUCCGUUCCGUGCCAUUGACGGACGCGCAUCUUAGAGCUUCAGUAGCAGCUGUAAUUGGGAUAGACAGCCACCAAUUUCAAAGCAUAGGCACUGAUGAAUUACAUCUGUAUCUUGAAAGAUUGAUGACUAAUGCAUUGAAAGAUUUUAUUUUAACCGGGAGCAAUGCUUUUAGUGGGAACCGUAGCUUUGCUUCUUCAGACACUCAGUCGAGUCUGUGUAUGACUAGCUUAGAAGGUAGUUUUACCAAGUCUGCAGUCCAAGAACUUGGUAGGAGGCAACUGGAAGUGUCCUGCAUAUCAGCAGCAGAAACAGGCUUAGAUGCUCUCUCCAAUAUGAUAACAAAGAGCAAUAUGAUUCAUGAGCAUGGAACUACGUUAUGGAAGGAAUGGCACAAACAACAACCGCCACAACGGUUGACUACUUUUAUAACCGAGGAAAGACCUGUUGAACCUGCUGUUUGGAGUCAAUGGAAGUUGAGAAGCCUCUCAUAUUUGCUCAACAAGAGGACAAUUAGGCUGGUUUCUGGUGCCGCUUUGCUGUUUUCAGCACCAAAGCAACAAUGGAUUCAGGUGAUUGAACGAAUGGCUGUACUUGCUGACACUGAUGAAUUCUAUGAAAAGAUAGAGCUUUUGUUGUUAGGAAGCAUUGCCCACAAAUGGAGUUCAUUAGUUGAAAAGUUCAUGUCAAGUUCCUAUGAAUGUCUCACCAUCUUCAAACUAUUCCAAGAAGUGCAGAACUUUCUUUCUGGAAGAUUGCAGAACCUUUGUUGUGAAGAGAACAUCUUAACAGAGGAACAAGGUGCUCUUGAAUAUUUAGAAGGUCUUUUAGGCAAUCAGUUUCAUCAUUUCUGGAAAAUGUCUCCUGUCCUUCUAGCAAUGGCCAUUCCUUCCAGGUCAAUGUUGUUCAGAUUAUAUCUAAUUGAGCUAGAGCAUCAGAUGAGAGGGGAUUCCUCAGCAAUUAGAUGUUGCAGUUGUAUGAUGGAUGGCAAAAACCAUGGGGAAUGUGAAAUAGCUGAGAGAAUUUGGUGCCUCUAUAUUUUCCAAGCCUCUGAAAAACCUUAUAGCAUGGUGCUCAACAUAUGAAUCUGAUCAAGCGGACCAAUUUAAGCCCCGAGGAUGGAUGCCCCAGCCACAUCAUGGUGUUAAUGACACUGAAAUGUCAGGAUCGCUAGAUACAGCAAUUCGGUGCGAAUUCUAUUUGGUCCCGUUAGUGCUGUUACCCUCCAAAUUGAUGCUAGAUAAGGAAUGGAUUCUCCAGUCCUUUCUCGAGGUGGGGACGAGCAGGACCUGCAUGAAUUCAAGUUGGGUUGACUGGUCUGUGUUUGAUAGCAAUGUUUACCGCCUCCCGCAAAUGCGAAAGUGACAGCAAAUAGUAUGGGAUAUUGAUGCCUACUCAUGGAAUAUGGAGAGUAUUAAAGCACAGUCGAGGGCAUUUCAAGACUUGCGAGCAUGAAACUGUCAAAUAUGCUGAGUUUGAUCAAGAUCCAUAUAUCCAAGUGGGGAACAAGAAUGGUUGGAAGUGGUUCUGCUGUAAUCCUUCUAAGCGUUCAAAGAAAAUUUCCAGUCAAGUGCUGCUAUGGUGGAGGAUCGCAUGUUGCAAAGCAGCUAGUGCGGAGGUUAAAGUCACAAUGGAAGCCCGUUCUGAGCCCGAGGUGGCAGAAAAGCAGCACAGGGUACAAUUAUGAUGCUUGCAGCUACUCCCAAAACUUCGAUGACGGUUGCUCCAGUGAUCAUAGAUCACCUCUAGCUCCCAGAUGACUUCACUCUGCAUCAUCAUAACAAUCACCCACCUAUGUUCUUAAGUUUCAUAAAAAGCAGCCAGCUUCUGAGGGGCCUUUCUUCUGUCUUGAAUAAUACGUCGUUAUUUGGGGUAACUUCCCUGCGAUCUCCAUUGGCAUGUGUGAUGCAGGAGCCUUUUGUCCUGAGAAUUAACGAUGCUUGUAAGAGAAGAGCUUUAGAGAUAUGCAAUAACAACUCUUACGUAUUACUAUUAUGUAGCCAGCCUGAGAAUUACAGCUGUUUGCAAAAGACGUAUCCCUGUAGUGUAGACUCUGUUUGUUUGCCGAUUGAAGUGACAUUUUUGGUCCUUUGGCUUAGUACAGGGACCAGGAAGAAAAUCGUCAGGAUGACCCACCACUACAUUUUGUCGCAUUCUUUUUUCCAUCCAAAGCAGACGGCUAAUCUCUGUGCGCUUUUUGACUAUUUGGUCUCAGUUACCUAAGUUGUGUUGCCUAUGCGAAAAUUUUCAUUUAAAUUCAUUUUGAUUAC